AUGUGUUCUGUUCAUGUUGUUCUUCAUUCAUUGCUGCUACAAGACUCAUCGAGCAAUUUCGACUUCCUUUAUAUUCUCAAGGCCAAUUUCGACUUUCUUCAUAUUCUGACAGACUUAUACGAAAGAAUGAGUGAAUCCUCUUGUGCGUCGUAUGCUAUAGAGCAAGAAUUAUUCGAUGACGUAUGUCUCCCCAACUCUGCCGUAGAUCCUUAUUGGGUUUGGGGUGCUGAAGAGACCUCUUUCGCUAGAUGCCCUGAAUGCACUCAGGAGGAAAGUGUGUUUUUAAGCGGGCCUCCGUCAACACUUCCUUCGUUACCCUAUGCGAAAUCCCAGACGUCACCAUCAUGCGAUCCUCCACCUCGGCUGGUUCAUUCCCGCAAUGCUUUGGUAUCGGCGGACGAAGGAUUAUUACUGGAAAACAGUCCUCAAAUUGAAUCAACAUUACCACAUCUCUUAAGCAACUCUUCAUCACAGUUCAUUAGUAGCCCACCAUUAGAGCAUCAAUUCAACAGCACAUAUUCACAAUAUUCUGAUUAUGAAUCUUCGUAUACAUCCGGAAAUAGUUUUUAUUGUCCUUCUAGUUCAUCUACAAUAUCUUUCUCAUCUAGCAAUUCUGUGUCAAGUGUCCAUGAAAACAACGACUUCGCAAGUUGGUCUGGCUCCACAUGUUCCGAGAAUGACAUUAAUUUUGGAGCCGGUAUUUAUUCCGAAGGAGAUGGACUUACCACCUUUCAUUCAUCAAAAUGUCAAUUUAUGGACAACAGAGAACCCCCUGACUUCUCCUUCAUUGAUGAAAUCUAUGAAAGUGUUGCGGCGGAAAUCGAUGCGGAAAAGGCAGCCUUUAGCUGUCCUCAAUCAUCAAUUAAUGAAAAAACGGCUCCUUCGAUAAGUCUGUCGGUGGGCCAGCCGUUAACUAUCAUCGGAGCAGAUGGCAAGGAAUUUAGGGUUGUUGUGGAGGAAGUUGAACAGAACCCUCGAGAAUCGAAGCGAAGAACAAGUAGCACUUUGGCAAUGAAGAGGCAGAUUCCUUUAUCGUCAAAAAGAGCAGAAAGAACACGGCUAACGAACACAACUGUUGAAGAAAUGGCUAGCAGAAAAAGGGAACAAAACAGAAGAGCGGCCGAGCGGUAUCGACAGAAGCAUAGAGUUGUCAAAGAUUUUGAAAAAGAGGAAAAGAAGCGACUAGAGAAGAGAAAUGUAUUCUUACGUUCGGAGGCUACCCGUCUGCAAAAAGAAAUAAUGGAAUUGAAGACAGCACUUCUCGGAACUGCUGGACGUACUAGAAGUGGUUAG